AUGGGUUUCCCUGCUGGUAUUCUUACUGUUGAGCUCUACGAAGCCAAGGAGCUGAAGGGCGAAGAUUUGUUCGGUCAGAACGAUCCCUAUGUUGAGUUGUGGCUGGAUGAUGAUUAUAAGCAGCGCUCUACUGAAGUCUCGGGUAGCGAUAACCCGGUCUGGAACCAGACCUUUGACUUCAAGAUUGAAGAAGGUUCCCAUGACAAGAAGCUCCACUUGAAGGUCCUUGACAAGGAUUUACUAAGCGACGAUAAGAUUGGUGAUGCCAAGGUCGAUCUCAGAGAAGUGGUUGAAGACGGCCAGGUUUUUAACGAUUGGGUCGAAUUGCCCGCCAAGCUUGGUUUAACCAGCCAUGGUCAAGUUCACUUGAAGAUUACCUUCGCCCCCAACUAA